AUGGCGGCAGCUUCGGAGGAUGUUUCCGCUGUUUCGUUCGAGCAUGUCCAAGGCCUGGUACCGCUGACUGAAAGGUCAGCAGCAGAGCUGCUGGCUGGUUCCGCGGUGCAGACAGGCUUGAGCCGCCAUGUCUUUGGAAGCAUCGCUGUGAUCAUGGAAACCUUCAAGAUCUUCGAGAGCGAGCAAGAGCUACGAAGACACCCAGAUGUGCAGGGGGAGUGGCUCCUGAGGAUUGCAGAGCUGAUGCAUGUCAUCAGGCAUCAGCUGUUUGAGGUCAAAUUUGCGCUGGGACAGAAUGAGAGAAAGCUUCGUCCCCUUGCUGAAGAGCUGGAUCGAUUCAACAGAGAUUGCUUGACACGGGCUCGGAACAUCCUGUCUCCUGCAAGCUACGAGUCCCUGUUUCAAUCGCGCCAUACAUUCCCUUCGCCAGAAGAACAGUCCCAAAGAAACCUGCAGCUGAGAGAAAAGGUCGCACUCCUGGUUUCGGAGGGGGACUCUGCUUCUGGAAGUGGCUCAAGGCAAGGUUCGAGUGAGACUGAAAUCAGGAAGCUUCGCAAGAGGGUGAAGGAGCUUGAGGAACAGCUCCGCGUAUCAGAGGAAAGGAGAACAGCGGAGCUCAGGGAAUCAGAAGAAUCCAGAAGAUCUGUCUCAGAAGAGAAUGUUGAGUUGCAGCGGAGGAUUCAGCAACUUCAGGCCGCGGUGAAUAGCUUCGAGUACAAGUCGAGCAACAUGGAGAGCGUCGUCCUCGACCUGGAAGCGCGCAACCGGAAGCUUGCUGAAGAAGCCAGGGAGUCCCGCCGUGGCGGCCGUAGAUCGCGCGCCAAGAAGACCGCCGAAGAGCCGUCCGCGGAUCAGCCGCUCUCGCAACCGGGGUCCGCCGCUUCUACCCCUGGACACAGCGCAACCCGAGCUUCAUUUGAGCUCCCGGGAGAGGCCAACCGGGCAGAAGAAAGUUUCUCAACUGACUUCACAAGACGGGGGUCUGCACGAGAGCCCUACGACGUCCGCAACCUACAGAUCGAGGGAAACAGAGGCUCUCGUCGGUCGGGCGCGCCGGAAGCAGAUACUCGCGGGGAUGGUGACGUCAGCAAAAACCGGGAGGCAGCCCCCGAGCCACGAGCGACCAACCGGCCCCCGUCCUUUGAUCAGUCCUACAAGAAAACUGCACGGAACCAGAAGAGCCCGGCGGCGGGAAGCGUGGCGCUUGGACCGGUGGGGACUCCUUUCGGCACACCUGCAGGGGGUUCGCAGAUGAGAACGCCUUUGGACGCGGUUCCAAACGGUUCGGAUCGGUACCCACCCAAGCUUGAACUGGAGCCCGAGUCAGAAGAGCCGGUGCAUUUCGGGGGCCACGAACCGCGGAACGAGGCCGACACGUGGCACGACGACAAUCCGCAAGGGGUGCACGAGAGAAGCCCACCAAAAGCAGCUUCAUGGCAGCGGGGUCUGAUCCAGUCGAUCGUGAAGAGGACCCUUCCAAAAGAGCAGGUCAUGCAAGCUCCCCGUGACGACAGAGUCCCCGUAGUUUCUGACGGCCGCGGACGCGGGCGUGAGGCCGCAGAAACCGCCUUCCCCAAUCCCAGCGAGCCCGGACCGCGAAAGCCGCGCGAAAGAAGAGAGCCGGACUCCGUAUCUCGCAGCCGGGCGGAACCCCCGCGCUCGGUGUUCUUGAGCAGAGACGAUGAGACUUCCGUCUUGCCAGCAGCUUCGGAAAGCGGGGUUUCUCGCCCCCGCAGAGGAGCAGCGCCCGAAGAGAUCACCUUCAGUUCCUUCAUUUACGGCGUGUCUGGCGGCUGGGAAGACCAAAUACUAGAGAGCCGGCUCGAAGACGCGGUGUCGGCUGCCGUCAGCGGCUUCGACGCCUUCCCCAGCACUACUUUCAGUCGUUUCAGGGGGCGCGCAAAUGUGAACAGGCUCAAGGGGAAUCCCCGGCCGACCUUCGCCUUCUGCGACUUUGCGUCCAACCUUGCGAAGGAGUGCUUCGACGACGGGACCUCGCGGGGCCGCCUGGUUCUGAAACUGGAAGGAUGGACGCUCCCCGUUCAAAAGCCGCGAACGCAGGACAUGGAGAGCGUUUCCUACUGGGAGCGGCGCGCGCUGGACGAUCUCUGGGCGCGCGCGCGCGGUGCAACCCCCGCCAAGACUCUGUACGCGCGCUUCCUGGGCGAGGGCGCGUCGGCGACCGCGGUGUUCGAGGAGCUGCUGCGGACGGUGGUCAGGACGAACGCAGAGGGCGACCGCGCGGAGGGGAUCGAGGAGGUGCUGGUCGCCGGGAAGCACGCGUACGUCUUCCUGAAGUCGGAGUCCGUGGGCGACGAGCUGUUCCGGCGGCUUUCCGGCGGCGACGCUAACCUGGAGCAAAAGCUGUUCAUCUCCCGCCGGAAGGACUACGUCCCGGCGCCCGGAGUUCUAAGCGAAGAGCAGAUCGUCGAAGAUCGGACGGCUGAGAAAGCGAGCGGAUUCGAACAGAGAACGGGCGGAGGCGGGGACGAGGGGACAGCUUCUGGGGGUCUCGGACGCGACCAACCGGGUACUGAAACGACGAGUAACCAAUACGAGAAGUUGGCCGCUCCGAGCGAGUCUGGGGUUCCAAAGCUCAGCGAAAGCCGCCGUCGGCGUCAGGUUUGGGUCGGCGACCUUCCGAAUUUGAGUGAGCCUGAGCUGAGCAACAGGAUCCAGUCCGCGGUUGAAGAAGCGAUGUCUGGAUUCGACGUGCUGCCGCCUGCGUCUCUGGAGGUUCAUGGCGCGACGACCAUGGUCUCCAGGGCUUUCGGCUUCGUGGAGAUGAGCACGAUUCUGGGCGCAGACCUUUUUGUCGACGCAGUCAACCGGGGGCAGAUCCAGGCGCUGAGCGGCGAGAACGACGUCCUUAAAGUGCCACGUCAUCAGAAGUGGACGAUGGAGGUUGUCGCGCCGCCUUCGGAGGAGCAGCGUGAGCAGGUCGAGCUGUGGCGGGAGGCCGAAACCCUAAACCCCGCGGCCGCGACGUACGUGCGCUUCACCCGGGAGUUCGUCCCGCGGAAGCGAGAGCAGGCGGUGCGGGAAGAGGUGGAGCGGCUUGCCGGAACCGAUGGCGGCAGCGGGAUCGAGAAGGUCCUGUGCGCGAGCAAGCACGCCUACGUGGCGUUCCGGUCGGAGGGCGCGGCGGACGAGUUCUUCCGGCGCGCGCACGCGCGCGGCCUUGAGGCGCGGCUGUGCUUCGUGCGCCACCGGGCGUAUCUCCCGGGCCCCGGCAUGUUCGUGGGCUUCUACGCGCCCGAUACGUUCAUGUUCUACCGCAAGCCGGCGACUGUGGCGAGCUUCAUGGCUGCGCCGAGUCGAGGGUUGGGCGGGACGCCUGAAACUGCUGACAAGGGGACUGCUACUGCGGACGAGCAAGGAUUCGAAGAUGUGCCUUCGAAGUUUGAGGCAAGCCCACCGAAAAUCGCAACCAGCGGCCAGGAGCUUCACGACACGCCUACAACUGCGCCAAGGCGGAUGCAUCCGGAGGUGGAAGAAGCCGUUGUUCCUGGCGGAAGAAAGCCCCUUCCGACUGCUUCUGCAGAACUACACAUCCCGGAAGAAGCCCCGUCUCCGCACGGGAGGAACUGGGAGCAGAAGCAGCGUGAGAUCUUUGUGAAAGACAUUCCGGACAGCACCCCUGCAGACACCGUCCGAGCAAACCUCACCGAGUCGUUCAACGAGUUCUUCUCGGGGUAUGACGCACUGCCCCCGGGGCUUCUAGACGUGCGCGGGGUGCGCGGGGGACUGGACUCGCGCACCGGCGCGCGCAUCGCGUACGUGGAGGUCGCGUCGGUGCUGGCCAGCCAACUCGUCUCCGACGCGCAGGAAAGGGGCCCCGGAAGGGUGGCCUUCCAGCUCCGGACCCUGCGCGACGAGAACGGAACGAAGCGGAAGAUCUUCACCUCGAGCAGGCAGAAGUGGAUGCUCGAAUUCGCUGAGCCGACGGCGGCCGAGGGCGACGCGCUGCACGCGGCUUGGGGCGCCGUUGGCAACUGGGACCCGCGCAAGAGCGCGUACGCGCGCGUGCGCGACGCGGAGCCCGACCUGGGCGGCCGCGUGAGAGGGGCGAUCCAGUCGUACGCGCGCAAAGAGUGGGACCUUGAGGUCGUGUCCAUCGGCCGUCACGCGUUCGUGCGCUUCCCGGACGUGGCGGCCGCAGACGAGUUCUUCGAUCGGCCCCAGGAGAAGCACGACGCCCAAAACGCCGAACCUGUGAAACCCCAGGCAUCAGAGCCCCAGGAACUUGAAGUUCAGGAGCCGAAACUCACGGAGCAGAAACGGGCCGCAACGCGAGCGGUCUCUGAGGCGCUUCCCAUCAGAUUGACUGGCGCGAAGCCGCCCGCGGCCAAACCCUUAAACCCUCCGCACCGCGAAGCGACUGGAGCUGCCGAUGCUGCGGACGUCUGGAGCCACGACAUGUACGAGGCGGUGUACGCGGACGGCGGUGACCAAGACGGGCAGAAGCGCGCGCGAGCGCGCGAGAAGGGGGAGCAGACAAGCGAGGGGGCCGGAAAAGAGGAGAGUUUAUAUGAGGGCGACGAGAUGGUCAAGAAGGAGGGGUGGGGUCUUUACCCGGGAAAAGAAGAGAAGAGAGCCAGAGAAGAGAGCGUUGAGGCGGCUUGGCCGGAGUCAAGAUCCAGCGAGGUUGCGACGGGCUGGGACGGCGUCAGCAAGGGCGCAGAUGACGUCAGCGGGCGCGCGGCGGGCAAGGACCGCAAGAAAGAGGCGACCGGCGCGGUUGGAUGGAAGAAGCCGGUCGACCGCUGGACGAAUCCGUUCGCGCAGCUGGUGGGAUUUGAGGAGGAGAUCGUUCCGCCCAGUUCGAUUCAUGAGGAGACCGUGAGAGUCCGGGGUGGGAAGACUCAGAAAGACGGCUCGGAUAGUGCAAAUGGGAAGGGCAGACGUUGCGAACGGAACACCGUAACGAGUGUAGAUGAAGCCGAACGGAACGAUGAGAUCGGUGGCGAAAAGCACGGGGGCGAGGAGGGAGAGUCUUUUGGGGUCGCCUCAAAGAGCGGAAGCGGAAAAGGGGGGGAAGAGGAGGUUGAAAGCGCCGACGACUUGAAGUGGAUCACGGAAACUGGCUGGGAAAGUGUGGAGCACCCAGGGAAUUCAACCGAGAAAUCCGGACCAGCACCCUUUGCAAAAGCAGCGGAAUCAGGCGAGCUGUACGGCGAAGAGCUGGGCGACGAAGACGAUGCGGAGCUGUUUGAGGAUGUGCCGGCGGGCUUCGAAGCGGAACCGGAGCGGACCGGAACGCCGGAGUGGAGCGAGGAGCCCGGUGAAGAGGUGACCGUAGACGCCAACUCGUUGAUCGGGGUCGGGUCUUUCUUUGGGGUCACCGGGUCGCAAGAUUCUCAAGCCGUCCGUACGGAGGUUGCGGUUUCACCCAAGGGGGCCGCGCAACCGGUUGCUCCUACCGGGCAGAUCAGCAGCGGUUUGGGUGCAGCGCGCGGGUCGGGGGACGACAAGGGGCUCAGGCAGAAGGGGAACGAUCCGCCGUCGGAGUUUGAGCUUUCUUUGAAGUACGUGGAUCGAGCAGUGACCUCAAAGCAGGAACAGCUCAGCACAGAGGAUCUGCAAGAUGCAACUAGAGAUGAACCGGCGGGUGGUGAAGCAAAGCCGGAAGCUGGAACAGAGAAGGAAGCGGAGCGGAACAAAAAAAUUGACUUUGAGGCGGUGCGUGACGAAGAAGAGAGCCUGGGAGCGGAUGAGACGAAGGAGAAGCUUGAGAGUAGCGAAGGCUUGGGUUCGUUGUCGUGA